CGGAAGUUUCCUCAGUAGCAGCACGCUGCGGUGACAACAUUUAGCUCCUCAGAUGUUUCAUUUUCUCUUUAAUUAACAACGCUGGGCACGGAUUUUAAUACCUAACACGUUAACCAUCGCCGACUUAUUGAAUGAAGAGCAACAUCUCCGCUAUGUUUGCGCCAAGAGGUUCCCCAUUAACCGGUUAUUAGAGCUGAUAGCUGACUGCUAACAGCUAGCUGUAGAAGGAUUUCGCCGGUAUCGUUACAACAGGCGGACCUCUCUUUGUCUGACAGUGGAAGGCGUGCUCUUUUGUUAGGCUUUUCCACCUCUUUGUCCACUCGGGAAAGAGGAACUGUUAGUUGGGUUAGUGUUUUGCAAUUAUCUGCAGCUUCUAAAAGUAUUUAGAAAAUGCAAAUCGCGAAAAAGUACUUCUCAGAAGGCCUGAUUCAGUUAACCAUCUUACUCAGUUUGAUAGGAGUUCGUGUUGAUAUCGACAGCUACUUAAGCGGCUAUUAUUCGCCUCUGAUAGAGAUAGACUUGGGUCCUAGCUCAGCCUACACCCAGACACCCUUUCACAAUCUGAGAGACACUCUUGACGGAUACCCUGUGCACCCAAAAUGUCCCGAGUUGGACUAUUUCUUUGCGAGUCGUCGGCUGCUGGACGAGGUGAGGACGCUCGGAUCACGACGGUUCCCAACACAGUUGAACGCAUGGCUGGUGCACCAAGUGUCUGCCACUGACAAGGCUGACUCAGGGCCUUCAACCAGCAACAACACUGACAACACCAACACCAACCCAGGGUUAGAAAGCCCCGGGGAUGAAGCCACGGAUGACCGUGAACACCUGCCUGAUAGUGGCCAAGAGGUGUGCCAAACAACCCCUGAACUGGGACCAAGGCCUUGUAGCACUGGAGCCUGCGGGUACCUUACAGAGGAGGAUGACGUUAAAGUUAAAGAGGAGGAAGACCCAGCCCCACUCAAUCAGCUGGCUCACAGUUCCACACUGGAACAAGAGAGUCUGCUUGAAGGCAUCACUGCACUGUCCGAUCCAGCACGCCACCAUCCUCCCACCAUUGAUAUCGAACAGCAUUGGAGCAAUUUACUCUCUCUGUCUGUUACUGACCUUGAUGACUUGGACUCCCUUGUUACUGAGCGCCUGACAGGCCUCGACACAGACAUCACCAGCGCCAUCAGCCAGGAUGUCAGUUUGCAUGAUGCCAUGGUGACCAGCGCUGGAGUGUUUGGUGUGGCGUCUGAAAGAGUUGAGUCCAGGCCAGUCGCCCAACAACAAAGAACCCUCUUCCGAAUGGAAUCCACAGGCUCCUCGCACUCUGACGCAUCACCAGGGAUGGCGGUGGGCCUGGCUGCUCUCCCGUUUGCUUCAGUAUGUAAUUUAGCUGGAAAUGUGUCAUCGCAUAGCGCACUGGGUGGCUGUCUUGACGAGGCCGUGUUUGACCAGAUCAAUCAGCUAGGUUUGGAAGGCCUGGACACCCAGCUGAUGGGCUCUCUGGAGAGCAUAGACCCACAGGUGCUUGAGGACUUGGACUCAGACUCUGGUCUCUCCUUGGAGAGCAGCUCCGGAGGUCCAGUCUCACCAGGCUCAUCUGAGAUGUCGUCGUCAUCCAGCUCAUACUGUGAGGACGAGUGUGGAGCUACAGGCUACAGCAGUGAGGUGGACUCAGUCCCCUCUAAAGGCAUCAUGGACUACAACACAACGUGGUCACCCAUUGAUCUGAGUGAGAGCGUGUGGCAUGACCACAGCUACUCAUCUCCUGCUCUCUUCAGCCCGCCAUCAGUAACACUUCCUCACAAAGGCAUCAAAGAGGAACCUCUCAGCGAUGAAGACGACGACGGGCCAAAGUUUGAAGACCGGGAGCUGAGUCGCGAUGAGAUGCGCGCCCGCACCAUGUGCAUCCCGUUCUCCGUCUUGCAGAUCGUCAACAUGCCCGUGGAGGAGUUCCUGGAGGUCCUCGACGGUCACGGCUUCUCCCCUGAACAGGUGACCCUCCUGAGGGAUAUCCGCAGGCGGGGAAAGAACAAACUGGCGGCGCAAAACUGCCGGAAGCGCAAACUAGAUGCCAUCACGGGGCUGCAGGAGGAGGUGGAGAGGCUGCAUGCUCAGAGAGGCAGGCUGCUGAGGGAGAAGCAGCUCACAGCCAAGACAAUGGGUGCUGUGGGUCAGCAGAUAAAGCAGCUGACCAGAGACGUCCUGGCCCGGCUGAGGGAUGAUACAGGACAUCCCCUGAACCCAGAAAGAUUCACCCUGCAGUGCGGGGCUAAUGGGAGGGUCGUAGUUCAGCCUAUAAGGCGGCCUGCUGUCACCACAUCAACAGGCAGCAAAACAGACAAGAGGAAGAAGGAGAAAAAGCAAUGAUGCGGUAUUGCCAGUUGAUACUUGAGCUUUUAGGUUUUUGGAUAUUUCUGAACUUACUUGCCUGACUCUGGUUUUGGGAUCUCCUCUUUUGCAAAAGUGUGUGUGGAUUCACCGCUGUUGGGAGCCUAAAUCGGCAAAAGCUGCAAAAACAAAAGAAACUCAGAUCAUAGAUAAAUAAAAAAAAACUUUCUGUAAAUAUAAUUUCUCAUGGGGAAAAAAUGUAGCUUACACACUGGACAUGUUUUGCUUAUUGAAGAUGGACAAGGCACCCGGGGCAGUUUAAGGGAUCAGCUAAGCUGCUGGCGAUGCCACCAGCCUCUCUUUGUGCCUGUUAACAUUAAAGUCAUUGGGUCUUUUUACAAACAAACAUAGACAACCAUGUCUAAAGUCAACAUGGCCAGCAGUGUGACACUUACUGGAUAGAGAUUUCAGAGGAGGAUUCUGUUUGUUUGUUUGUUUCCAUGUAAUCUUGCCUCUCAAUGUAUACCUAUUCAGUAUGAAGAAGAGGUUGAAGAUUGUAUUUAUUAAAGUUUCUGAGGUAAAUGAAAUGCUUAUAUGCAUCAUGAGACUGUCGAGGGCAGUAUCUUUUUUUUCAUAAUGGUAAGUUUAUCUCAAAGUGGUGAGAAUAUUGGGACAUUGCCUAUCUAAAGUUUACAGAUUUGUUUCCUAUAUUUGAGGGCAUGUACUGUUCAGUAGAGGUUUGUACUGAAAUGUUGUUUUCCUUAUGUCUUGAUGACAUACAAUAUACCAAUGAUUAAACUGACAAGGCCUUAAUUUGCAUUGGAUAAGUGUUUUGGUUAUUGUGUGUGCACAUGAUCCACAGAUGCACAUUAUCAUAACAAAAAUGUUUCUAAGAGGCUACCAUCUUAUGGUUUACAGUCAUUUUUAAUAAUUUGUUUCAAGCACAAUUUUGCUUAACCCUUUAAUUUCAAAUACUUAAGCGUUUUGGCAAGAUUACAUUCUACCUCACGCCUUAGUUUAUGUUAUAGAUUUUGGCUAAAUAGUUUAAAAAGAAAACUUUUUAGGGUAACUUAAAUGCACUCAUUAUUAAAAUGGCCCUAAAUGGACCUUCACCAUCCCAUUUCUGGAAAAAAAAAAGAAGAAAAAAUACAAUCACCAACUCUAUUUAAUAGAUUUGAAUGUCGUUUGGAUGUUGCUUUUUAUAUAUUUGAGAUUAUCUGAGAGGUGAAAUAAGUAUUUAAUAAAAGUUACCAUCUUAUUCAUGGACACACCGUCAGCAGAGUGAGUGAGUUAAAUGAAGAAAAGCGCAUAAAGUAAUAGUGUAACUCAUGAAAUUUCUUUUUUUUCCUAGUCCCUCACACAUUUGUAUUUAAUUUUCUGGUUUGACCAAGAGUUUUCUUUUCUGUUUUGUGUUUUUUUGGGCAAAAAUGUUUUUGAUUGCAUGGUGAUUGCUGACUGCUGAUAGUAUGAUUUUUGCUUAGGGAAUUUGAAUGCUAUUGCAGACAUUGUAUUUCUGAUUUUAAAAAAAAAGAAAGAAGAUAAAA